AUGAAACAGAUACCCGAGAGGACCAUCAUCAACCCCUGCUCCACUCAGGAAUUAAAAGUUACUCUACAGGAACCUCAGAGCAGAAUGAAGUCCCUUGAAACUGCAGUAGUGCUGCUGGAGUCAGCUGAUAUUCGGAUUAGACUGAUCUCAGAUCAGCUGAAACAAAUCAAUCAAAAUCCUGUGAAUAUUAGAAACUUUACUUUUGCUGAUGCCAAAACUCUACAUGAAGACCUAAAGCAUCUACAUGAAAGUAUCGAGAAAGAGCUGUUUCUCUUCGAUCAGAGUGAAAGUUUAAUUAGUGACCCUGCUGAUCUGAGUCACAUUGAGCUCCAAGCUUUCCCUCUGCAGCAAACUCUCCACAGCCACACAAAAUGCUUGGAGGAGCUAAGGCAACGUCUGGGAAAGACUGAGUCAUCCCUUGUGGCCCUUGGGAAGCUCCUAUCCCAUCUCCAGCUGGCAAAUGAAGACCUCACUGCAGCUCAGAGCACCUCAGCCUCUGCACAAGAAUGCAGUUCCAGAUUGCCUGCCUUUCAGCAAAAUUUUCAACAGGCCAGAGAAGAAUCAGUUCGGCUGGAUCAAGCAAUGGAUGAUGCCGGCAUGAGGAUAGCUCUGGAUGACAAACUAGGCAACUGUCAUGAGAUUGUAUCAGCUAUGGCUCUGCUUGCUAAAGAGGUUGAGGCCAGACUGGCUCCAGGGCUGAGGCGAGCUGAAAGAGGUGGUAAAGGAAGAGAUCAGGGAGAACAGAAGGAGAGAGCAUUUGUUAGAAAGAUGACAUUGCAGGUCACACUAAAAGAGGUGCUGGUGGCACUGGAAAGAUACGGGCUGAAGGAGCCCACACUUCCGGCACUACAACACAGGUUUCAUUUCCUAACAGACAUGGAAAUUAAACUGGUUGCACUACGCUCCGAAAUUAGGGAUCUACGAGAUACAAAUGCCUCAAACACUGGCCUCAGUGAGCUGCAGACACAGUGGGAAGAUGCCCAUACAGCUAUUAUGGAGAGUCGUGAGCAGUGUGCCUCUUUGACUGAAUUGCUGAAGAAGUUCCAAAGCUGUCGAAAUCGCUUGGGCAGUACUUUGCACAGAGCUGAGCAGACCACCGCUGAUCAGGCAUCCUACAUGGGCAAAGAUAACCUACAUCUACUGAUCAGUAAGGUGACCAGUAUAAAGUCAGAGCUUAAUGGUCUUUGGGAUGGGGUGGAGGAAUUCAGAGCCGUGUGCAGACAGCUCCAGUCUCUCAUGAGAAGGAUCCCAGACUGUGCAGAUGUACCAUUUGAGAGUGAGGCUGACAGUCUCAUGGAUCGCUGGCUUGAUGUCACUGAGAAGACUGACUGUCAUUUAGACAAUCUUCAAGCUGUUUUUUCUCUUUGGGAAAUUCUCCUCCUAUUGGCUGGAGAGGUGGAGGGAUGGACCGCCCAAAAGCUGAUGACACUUGCUCAGACACAACCAUUUCAGACUGAGCAGGACGUGUCUGUCAUGCAGGAUGAGCUGGGGGCUCAAGAAGAGAACAUUGAACAUUUCCAUCGCAGAUCUUCAGAGAUCCAGGUGCUGCUGCAGUGUCGAGAGUUCCCACUGGAGCUGCAGGUUAUUGAAAGCCAGCUAAGGAAGAGAAUGGUAGAGCUGAAGGAUCUCUUUUCAGAGACCACAGAUGUCUUCACACAGCUGUUGGCUGCCAAAGCGCAGGUGGCGUCUAAAAUAGCAGAGCAUCAAAUCUCCAUCCACACCAUCACAGAUGCUCUUAGCACACUGACUGCAUCUGAAAGCCCACAUGUCCUCAACAGAAUCCAGUUCCUAUCAGAGCAGCUGCAAGCAGAGGCAGAACAGAUUGAGGCUUUGCUGCAGCAGAUAUGUCUUCUAGCCAGCAUUGCUGGUCCAGAAAACCUACAUGUGCUGGCUGAAGAUGGAGCUCGACUUCAAGAAAGCAUCCGCACAGCCAGAGAGCUGAUCAUAGAAAAGAGAGAGCAGGCAUUGAACCACAGCAACCCUGAAAGUUCCCAGGUGGUCCAAGACCCAAAUCACCUCAAGCCCUGGAUUAAUAAAACACAAGAUCAUCAACCAAAAGACACUCGGUUUGCGGCUACUCUGUGUUCUCAAACACAAUCUCAGUCUAAUGGCAAAAAAGAGGAACAGUCCCACAGAGACAAGACACAAAAUGCUCUUUUAGCUGAUUUUAGGGACCUCAAGCAGCAGGCCUACCCCUGGACAAGAGAACUACAUCAUAUGGGUAAUCUACAGGUUUCUGUAGAAAAGAGCACCCUGGCUACACUCGAGGAGAGACUUGGAACAGUACAGCCUGAAGCAGACAGCAGGCUACAGAACCUAAAGGUGAAAGGUCAGAGACUCCUCCAAGCACAAGCUCUAGAGGACAGAGACAGACAGGAAGUCACAGACUCCCAUGGGAGUUUAGAGAAACAGUGGGAAACUCUUUUGAAAUCUGCAGGCAGACAGCACAGAUCCUUGCAGAAUGAUAAGGAGCUCUACUCCUGUCAGUGCCAGAUGCAGCAGGCCAUGAGCGAUUUGCAGGUGCUGGCGGCAGAACUGCCUAUGCUGUUCCCAUGGCCUGGCCUGGCUAAGAGGCAAAAGGCCCUCGAGCAGACCCGAGACCUUCUGUUGAAAGCACAUGAACUGGGCCCUGCCCUCUCUGCACAGAGAGCCCAAUACAAGGAUCUGGCCACAUACAACCCCAGCUGGACUGAUCCAUCCUGGAGCACCUUAGAACACAAUGCUUCCUGUCUUGUCAAAGAUCUUAAUGGUGUGUGUGCAAGUCUUAGUGAGGAUGCAAACAAGGAGCAGAGGUGUGCACUAUUAAUGCAACAUAGUCAUGAGAGUCUGGACUUUCUGCAGAAGCAGAUAGAGGGUGAUUGUCAAGCCCCAAGUGCUCUAAAGGCCUUGAUUCAAGCUGUAGAACAAGAGGGCAGAGACCUGCUGGAGGUUGAGAAACUAACUGAUGGCCUACUGAAAUCCUGCACUCCAGAAGGUCAGACUUCUCUUUCCCAGGACAUUCAGACUCUGUUUGGAAAGACAUCAGCCCUGAAGAAGACCCUGGAAGAUGAGGCGACUUGGGGAGGGAACUCUGAGCCACUUAAAUGUAUUGUAGAGUGGAAUGAGGUGGCCACUGACAGAACAGUGAAUGACAUGGAUCAUAAGAUUGUAAAAAUCAUAGCCAGUGAGAAAAAAAUAGGAACACCCGAUGUAUCAUGUUCAUCUGGCUCAACACAAAAAGCACCAACAGAUGUUGAGAAUCUCCCACCAUCCCAAGACACAGAUAAGCAGCAGUCUAUGUAUGAAUCUGUAGAAAUGGAUGAAACUGGACCUGCAAUAAGAGAAGACCACAGACCAAAGCAUGUCGUAACCAUAGUACUGGACUCUGAUAUAACUAAACUCAACCAGAGACCACUGGCACAAGGCAUUUCAGUUUCAGUUGUUCAUGGUGAGACCACAGAGAGAUCAGGAUUGGAACUUUUGGAAGCCAAGCACUAUGUUGUUGCAGAUGUAGAUGAAAAAAGUUCUUCUGAUGAACCGCCUCCAAAGAAGAUCACCACUAUUAUUUUCGACUCUCAUCUUUCCAUAUCGGAUACACAGUUUGAUAAGAACAACCACACUGACAGUGUUGAUCCUACUCAGAGAGACUUUGCUCUUGAGCUUGAUUUUAGACCUAAAUCAGAGAAGGACUCAUCAUCUCCAACAUUAGACUCAGCUUGCUUUGAUCCUAUGGUUUCACACCCAGGGAAUGAUGAUGGAUGUCGUGGAACUGCAAAGAAAGUAUUUACCAUAACUUUGGAUGUUGAUUCACCUACAUUACAGUCAGACAAGUUCUGGCCAUUGCAGAUGACACAAUGCCCCCCUGAUGGUUCUGCCCACACAGGUGAAUUCUCUUAUUCAGAAUGCAAGUAUCAACAGAGAAGCUCUUCUGGCACUGGUAAAACUGAAGGCCGAGACUUUGAAAGAGGCCAUUUAGAAGGAGAUAUUGUGAAAACAAGAAUCUCUGAAUCAGAUGAGGAUAAUAUUGAAUCUCAGAAAAACCUAUGUGAAAUUCCACAUGUCGGGUUGGUACAGCCAGGACAGAGGGAAGCUACACUUUUGCAACCACUGAAAACCUCUGAGGUCGUGGAGAUUGACAUAAUAAAAGGUGAAAAAUUGGAGCCGCAUCAGCUUGUAGAAGAACAACAUACAUUUAUAUCUGCAGACUUAUCGAACCAAAUGGAUGUCGACACUGGAAAAGACGUUGAUUGGUUGUCUUUGGUUCUCCAAUAUGAUGUUACAAUGGUGAAGAGUCUUGAGGAUGGGGUCACCAGUGACAAAAACACAAAUGCAACAGACAAAGAGCUCUCAAACGUGGAAGACAACACACAAACCCUUCCAAAUGUUAUUAAAAAUAAGAAAAAGAUUAAGAAGCUAAUUGGCAUAGAAGCAACAAACAAUGGUAGUUGUAGAAAGUUAAAGACUCCAAGUUCCAAACAUACAAACACAACUGAAUCAGAGUGCCCUCAAACGUCUGAGACAAGCCUGGUGGACAUCACAGAUACGUCACUGACUGUGUCUUCAGACACUGCAUUGUCAUUGGAUGCAGAAUGCAAACUACCAGGAGCUAUGGGCACCAUUAACAAAGAUACCACAAAUCUCCUUCAAAUAGAGAUUAAGGAUGAACAUUCAGAGAUACUUGGAAUCCCUCACAUGGUAGCUGCCCAUACCAAUGCCACAGGUGGAGAUGGAGUCUUAAAAGCAGUAGAGUCUGUGCAAUCCAUACAUACAGAGACCUCAAAAUCAAUGCCAACAGAUGCUUCAACUUUUGUGAGAGCUGAGUGUGAACUGAAUACAGAAUGCACACCAUUGGAAGCUAUGAGCACAAUGCAGAAUCCUCAUUUGUAUCUCCUACAAACAGAGACUGAGAAUAGACAUUCUGACGCAAUCACCAUCUCUCAGUCUCUCACUGACAGUACUCCACACGAUGUGGUCUUAACAGCAGAGAAAUCUGUGAAGUCAAAACAUGCAGAGACCUCUGAAUCAGUGUCAACGGUGUCAACAGAUGCUUCAUCUUUAGUGAAUGCUGAGUGUACAACACAAAAUCCUAUCACUGUCCCAUCAGAGACACAAUUCAGAAGCUACACUGAAUCACAGAGGACAGAAGAUUUAAUGAGCAGUUUUAAUUUACAGUCUGAAGAAAUGAACAAAGCCAAUUCAGAUCGAUCCGACAGAUACAAAUCAUCCCAAAAGAGACAAUCAACAGCAGACGGUGAGGAUAAAAUGAAGCAUGCGGAGCGGUCUACUGAGACACAUGUGUGGGCCAAUUUAGUGGACGCUGUCACUAUAGUUCAGCCAAUCCUGGAAACCAGUCAUGUUUCUGAGGAUGCCUGGUGUCUCAUCUCAGAGUCAGAGGCUAGUUUGGCAUGGACUGUCCUGCGUGUAUUCAGAUGCAGGUUCCAGCCAGCCCAGCUGAGCAUUACACACAUGACUCAUCAGCUGGAAGAAGCAGAGAUAUGCAGGCAGUGUGUAUUGGAGCAUAUAGCCAGGCUGCCUCAGCAUGGAGCUGGUGGGGGGCACUCUACAGAGCCCGAGCAGAGGAUGGAGGGGAGAUUGAACGCACUACUGAUGGAUACCUCUACCAUGGCACAGUUUAAAAAAGCACAGCUCCAGCAGGUCACACAAUACCACCAGCAAAAACAGGCCCUCACAGAUACACUCCACACCCUGGAGGCAGAGCUCACUACAUUGAGAUUACAUUGUAUUGAAAGCAGCACCCUGCAAGCAGAAAAACUGAGUGCGUUCUUGAAAACCAUGCAGAAGAAAAGAGGCAUGCUUGAGGAGCUCCUACAGACAUGCUGCCAGAUCUCUGCCCAUCUGAGUGCAGCAGAGGGACCUGUGGUCUGCCUCAAACCUAUAAGGUCCUUGCAGGAGAAAUGGCAUACUCUUGAAGGUGCUGCUUCAAGGAGUCUGUGGCACACUUGCAUUUGCACAACAGAAGGUUCUGCACUGCUGCAAGAGGCCAGUAAGUUGCAGAGUGAACUGGAGCUUCUGGAGAAGUCUCAAUGUCAGAUCAACUGUCAAAAUGUGUUACAGCAAGCUGUUGAAACUGCAGACCUGAUAGUGUUAAGGGAGCGUUACCUGUACCUUCUUGAGCUCUGUCAGGCUCUUUCCUCAAGUCCACUUGGGAAGAAGGAGCUCACAGAUGUGGAGGACACCAUCAAGGGUCUUAAUUCUCAACUUGCUGUGGUUCAGGAGAAGCUCAAUUCUUGCACUUCAAAUGACAAUGAUUGUUCACUGAUCAUAAGGAUUGUAAGGAACUACUUCACAUGGGCUAAACAAACCGAGAGCAAAGUUAGUAGGAGAAGGAGGUUGUCUCUGUAUCCCGAAGAGGCAAGUCACCAGGUAAACCUCAUGAAGAAACUGCAAUUGGAAAUAUCUCAAAAGAGGUCUCAGUUGGCCUCUGUUUUGAAAGAGCUAAGGCAGGAAGCUGCAGGACUCAGUGAGGGAGAAUCCAUAGCCAUGUCACCCACUCUCAAUUCCUUAGAAAAUUUGUACAGUUUGAUUAAAGUGAACACUGACUGUGCUGUUGAAGAUAUGAACCGAAUGUUGCAUAUUAGAGAACAUUUUUGGAAACAGAUCACUGAGAGCAGCUCUUGGUUGACCUCAGUAUUGAAGAAAGAGUCUAGUAAAUCUAUGGCUUCUGAACUUGCUACUACCAUCCCAGAAUUGAUGGUACAACUUCAGAUAUGCACAGAGUCUUUAAAGGAAGCUGAGAGGCAAGCAAAUAACCUACAGACUUUGAUAGAUGAAACUAAGAACAUGAACUAUGGUCUGAGUGUACCUGAAAGCUUUCAGCUUGUUGACAGGCUUACAGCUUUACAAGAAGAAGUGUCUAGGGUCGUGAACCGUAAGUGGGCCUCACGCUGGGUGCUGGAAGAACUUCUUCGUGCACAACAGUCUUCUGCUGAGGAACUGAAUGUUAUUCUGAAGAGCUUACGACAGAUGAGUGCUGACAUCAUAAAACAAAAUUAUCCUGUAACAAGGGCAUCUCGAUUUGCUAUUGAACCUCAUAAACAAAUGCUGAUGGAGCACCUGUGUAAAGUGAAGGAAAUGCCACACUUUCCAGAACCUCAGAGGAACGAGAUUCUUCAUGCUAUACUAGACUUACAGAGAAGAGUACAUCUACUUGACCAGCAAGCCAAAAAGCAGGAAGUGCACCUCAAUAUAAGGCAGCGUAUGAAGAACUACAGAGAGGCAGUUAAGAAGAUCUUGCCGCAGAUCAUAGACUCAAAUGUAGGUGCUGACACAAGGCUAAGCUUCUGUCAGGCUCUCCUGGUGGAGCUUCCAUUGAUGAAAAUGGCAUGUCAACAGGCCACUGACCACCUGGAGGCCAUUUCAGAAGAUCUCUAUCCAUCCCAGCUGACAGCAGAACGGCAAAAGAUCCACUGGACCUUUGAGCAGUUAGCCUCUUGGGAGCUCACAGUCAGUAAUGAGGCUAAAGCCCUGGAGUCCACUCUGGUCAAGGAUCUCAGCAGUCCCACAGAUCGCAGUGUGCUUGCAAACCUCUUCAACAGUAUCAGACAAGAACUGAAAGAGACCAUCUACUUGGAGCCGGUGAAUCAGGCUGUGGAUGCAGAGCUGCGGAAGCACUGGACACUGAUCAGGAAUGUUGAGUCUGUGCUACGAAUGUUAGCAAGCUGCAGGAAAAGAGCUGAGGCAGAAGCCUGCAAGAAAACCAUUGAUCUUGGCCAGAGAACCCUUAAUGAUUGCCAUAUGCACAUGGACAAGCUGAUCCAGGCUCAGGAAAUGCUGACGCAUUACCGCUGGACCAUUCGGGAAGCAAUGAGUUUCUUUCAGCAGAUUGAUUCCAAUCUGACAAUGCCCUCUGUCUGCUUCAAAGACUGCAAAGAGGAACAGCAAUAUAUUCAACAAACUUCCACCAGUCUGGUUGAGGGUUUCCAGGCCCACUUGGCUGAAGUUGGGACUCGCAUACCCAGGCAUACUUGCCUUUCUAUUCCUCAAACUGAGCAUAUUCAUAUCCAGGUUUUGAGUCACCUUUUAGUACUAGAUGCCAAAUUAGAAGCUCAGGCUCAGCUCAGAAUGGAGGCCUUACAUAGGUGCAUGCAAGACCAGAGUGUGCACAAGAGCCACCAUGAAGAAAUUUGUCUACUUCUCAAAAACAUUGAUUCUCAAAUCUCCAAAUGCUUCAGUCAAAAACUGACUCAUUUAGAAGCCUGCCAAGACCAGCAGCUGAAAGUACAGGUGCUCCAGGCCGAGCUGAAGAACCUUGCUAAAAGGCUUGAGGAGUUGAGAGAAAGCUGCUCGGAUCAGUGUUGCGAUGUCCCUGCUGACCUGAUGCUCGGACAUAUGUGGAGGUCUUUGGCAGUGCUGCAGUGCAAAGUGGAAUCACACAAAGCCAGCGCAUCUUAUAAAGAAGUAGAGUGGAGGGACAUUAUCACACGUCUUAAUAAAUCAAAGGAAGCUCUUGACCGACUACAGAAUGAUCUUCCUUCAUCUAUGAUGACGGGUUCAUUGGAAGAGCUUCAGGGUGUUCUGACCCACACUGAGCACCUUCAGGAUGGGAUUGAGCAGGAACAUCACACACUGGCCUCUCUACAACACCAUGUAGCACGAUUGCUUGGGGUCUCAAAUCUGCAGCAGCUGAAAGAGUCUCCUCAAAUCUGUCAGGACUUGCAGUGUCUGCAGGGACGUUGCAGAAGUCUCAGAGAUGAGAGCAACAACAUCCACCGGAAGGCCCUUUUUGAGAUCCAGGAGUUGGGUUGUGUGCAGGAGGAGUUGGGUGUCAUACAGCAGAGUGUUCUUUCUCUUUUGACCAUCUUACAGUCAGAGUCAGCUGCUGAAAAUGUACAGGAGGUUAAAUCGGAAUUGGUCUCACAGAAGGAUCGACUGCAGGACUUCAUGAACAGAGUGCAGAAGAGAUGGAGCUGUGUGCCCUCAGAAAUUCAGACCUUACAGGAUGAGCUCUCUCUCUCCCUCGUGGAGGCUAAAGAAAAUUUUGAUACAGUUGUGGAGAGGAGUGGUCUUCUUCAUAAAAUGAAUGAGCAGGUGGGAGAGGUGACUGUGGGGCUGCAUUGUGUGCAGGCCCUGCUGCUACAAAAGAGCCCUAAUUUCUCUGAUGCUGAACGAACACAAAAGCGUAUCUGGGAUGAGCUUGAUCAGUGGCACACUCGUAUAGCUGAGCUGGAGGCUGACAUGCAGGAGCUAACUGAGAAACAGCCGGAGAGAGCACACAUCCUAAUUGACCUGCUAACAGAACCACUACAGCUGUUCCAGACCACAUCCAAGCAGGCCGAGCACAGGACUGCCCUCAUCAGCAAAAUCCCCGCCUGUCUAGAGGAGUAUGAGGGCUUACUCAGUAGCUCCAACUGCUGGCUGAGAGAUUCCCAGUCCUGGCUGGUUGCCCCUAUAACCUACACCACUGCAAAAUGCCUCCAUGGCCACGCCAACUCCCUCAAGGUGAUGCUGGAUGAAUCGGAGGGAUACAGAGCAGCCCUAGAGGCCUUCAUGCCUGUCCUUAAGGAGAUCACACCAGUGUGUGACACCACUUCUCAAGAGCAGCUUCUCUACCUGGCUAUCCAAAAUAUCACACACAUGCACCAAAGCAUUCUGGACCCUCUGUCACACCUUCAGCACCUAGCAGAUGAGAUGGAUGCAAUUGAAGCAGAGGUGAAGAUAAUGGAGAAGAAUUUGACGAAGAUCAGAACAAUCCUUUCCACGACUGACACACAGAACAUCUCUCCUGAGGAAUAUCUCCAGAACAGACAGGUCAUCCUAGACAGUAUCCAGUCCAUGAAGAGGACCGUUGAUGAGAUUGAGAGCUGUAGGCCAGGCUUGGGGCUUCCUGCAGAAGCAGAGCAAACUCUCACAGCCUUCCAUUGGGCUCAAGAGCUCCUGCAGCCCAUCCAGGAGCUACAGCAGCUCAGUGUUGAGCAGAGCACAGCGCUGAGGGCAUCUAUUGGUCUGCCAGCUGAGAUUACUUUGUCUUCUGGCCAAACCAUGGGAGUCACUUUGCCAGACCUUUAUACUGGAGAUGUUAAACAGGUGUCCAUGGACGGCCCUAACAGUGAGGAAGAGGAUGAAUGCAGUCAGUCUUCAUCCUCAGGAACUCUCACAUGCAGUGUUCCAGAGGACCCAGAUGAGACAAUAAUGGAGGAUGUUGAAACUGACACUGCCUCUGCUGUAAUAGAGCAUGUCACCAAGGAAUUGUCCCCCAAAGAUGUUGAGAAAAUGGAUGUUGCUGCGAUCAAGUAUGCACCAGUAUUAAAUGAAGCUAAUCCAGGAAGUUGUUUUGCGGAGCCUCAACUCCCUGAAAUAUCUAACACGGAGGGUAAAUCAGUUACUGAAGAGACUACCUGUCUACCUGCAGCAACACACCAACACUCUGAAGAGUUUACAAAUGAAAAGUGCUUCAUAUCUGCAACAGCAAAUGAAGAUGUUGUUUUAAAAGAUGAGCAAAAGACCAAGUGCCCUGUAACCAAGUUGACUGAAGCAGUACACAUGAAGCAUGGAAUAGACACCAAAAACUCUAAAACUAGUGAUGCCAGUGAAACAACCAUGGAGUCCAAUUUUGUAGAUGAGAACACAGUACCUUUAACCAUCGAAACAGAUACAGUUGAUCAAGUAAACUCCCUAAUCUAUAAACAAGACUCUACCCCACAAACACCUGACAGAGAGCAAGUUGAAUUUACUGAUGAUGACCAAUCCCAACCUGCAGGCAGUAUAGCUGAUCCAGGGACAAUAUCCAUAGACAUAACCAAAUCUAUGCCAGAGCCGGAUACAACAGUGGAGAUGCAGUGUAAGAUGAAGGAACAGAGAGAACAAAGCUUCAGCAUAGAUCUGGAACAUUUCCAGUCUCAGGAAAACACAUGGUCCAGCAGUGCCACUGUCAGUGAUCCAGGGCAUUCUGAAGUGGAGAGUUUGACCCAGAUUCUCACCAAAUUAAAGAAAUCGCCAGAGGCACUGGAAGCAUGUCAGGAUAUAAAUGCUUCAGAGACUAGAGAGGAUCUGUUGGAGAUUUCUCUGUCUGUGUUAAAAGCCAGGGAAACUCGGACGAGUGACUCAACCAAACUCAUCAAGGACUUCGUCUGCAUGAAGGGAUGUUCUGAAGCUCUUCUGAAAGGUUUAAUGGGUCUCCUUGAGCUGGGCUCUGAACGGCUGCAACGCUGUCAGGAUGCAAACCCACACAACUGCAGCCAGCUGCACAGCCUGCUCAGAGGACACAAGAGAUUCUUCAGAGGUUUGGGGCAGAACUUUGCAAUGGUUAAGCUGCUGUCCAAAAAGCAGCCUGAGGGGGCGCUGCAGGACCUGGCAGAGGUGGAGCAGCUAAUAUCAGCACUACAGGAUCAGGCACAGAAUCAUGGGGUCCAAAUGCAACACAAUUUGCAGGAGUGGUCUCUGUAUGAGGAGGUCACAGAAAGACUAUUCAGGCAGUUGGAUGAGCUGGAGGCAGACGUGCCCAGUCUAGAUUCAGAGCUGGAGGGGGACAUGCGGGGUCAGCUACAGUCCUGUGAGAGGUUGCACAAGGCCCUGGAAGACAUAAGACCUCAGGUGGGAGAGAUCCAGGACCACCUCAGGGCCCUCAAAAAUAAUGGUUGCUUCUUUGAGGUGCCAGGCCCGACUGUCCCAAGAUCACGCCUGUUUACACGCUGGCAGGAGCUCAAUAAACAACUAGAGCACAAGAUACAAUCCACAAAAAAGAUGAAGAAUUAUGACAGGUUUCAGUGUGACUCAACUGAACUAGAGAAGUGGAUGAGUUCAGCUCAUGAAAAAAUUCAGAAGUGGAAUACUUUAUCUGACAGAUUCGCCCUUACCCAGCUCAUGGAGUUCUUUAGGGAACUGGAGGUGAGGUCUGCACAGAAAGUAUCAGUAAUCUGUACAGGCACACACACAUUGCAGCUAACUGACAGUGAAGCUCCCGGUCUGCACAGACGACUGGCUCAAAUUGAGCAGGACUGGACCAACUUGACUAACAUGCUGCCAACCCUUCACCAGACACAGCAACAGCUUUUGGGGAGCCAGUCUCGGAGUCAGAUCUUAGCUGAGCUGACCACCUGGCUAGAGUAUGUUGAAAGUAGACUGGAGGAGGAAAGGUCUAGGGUCCAUUGUGCCCUGGAAUCCACUGAGCUGUCUAGAUAUCUACAGAUUUUGAAGGACAUCAAGGCCGAGGUAACCUGCCUCGACUUUCUGAAUCAGUCUGUGGAGGGGGUGGGCUCUGUGGAUGAUCCAGCCAAUCGCAAUGAGCUUAACCUCUUUGCUGAGCGACUGGGAGCUCUCAAUCUGAGUUGUCUUGUUCUACAGGGCAAGAUUGACAUCGAGAUACAUGAUGCAGAGGACAAAUGGCAGGUGUGCGCAGACAGAGAAAGGCGACUGCAGUAUAUUCACAGCUGGAUCUCUCAAUGUAUGGAAUGGGUGAGACACCGCAAGAGACCAGACAGUUGCUCGCAGAUUGAGCAAACAUUACAGGAGUGUGAGGAGAUAGAAGAACAGCUGAGGGACAAUUCCUCUAAGCUGCUAGGUUUGGGAGCUCUCCGGUUGUUUGGGCAGCGAGAUGGUCAACACCCUGGAGAUUUCUUCUCCACAAAGGUGAAUUCAGCAAUCCAGGACUGCCAAGCUUUAAGCCAACAGAUAAACACUCUCAGGUCAACUCUGCAGCCAAUAAGGGAUGAGUGGGCUCACUUUGAGUCCAAAAUGAGUGCAGAAGGACUGCAAACAAGCAGGGUGGUAUACAGGCUGGAGCUCUGCAGAGUUCCUGUGUUCUCGUCAGAGCAGAGCAGAGCUCAUGUGAAACAUCUGCAAGAGCUUGAAAAGGAGCUCGAUAGAUCAGAGACUUGGAUCCACUUAACUCAUAUGUUUUCUGACUUGAGAGACAAACUCAACCCUUGUGCAGCCAAACUUCUGUCUGAUCACCUGGAGAAAGAGAGAACCCGACAUCUAGCAGUGAUUGAGGACUUGCAUACUGAUUUGCUAAAGGCCCAGGAUGCUCUGCACCUCUGGCUGGAAUAUGAUAGUGUCACCGGAGAGUGUAGUGCUCUUAUUAAUCAGCACUGGGAGAGGCUUGAAGAGCUUCGGAGUUCUCCAGCUACAGAAGAGAGCACUGCAGAGCUGCUCUACAGCAGGAUGCAAACCAUCAGUGUUCUAGAGAAAGACAUGGACAUCUUACAAAGUAGUGUGGGAAAAGUGCUGGAGGCUGCAAAGCUUCUAAUUGGGCAGAUGGAGCUCCAAUCAUCACAACUAAUCCAAUCAGAAACCAGGUUACUCUCACGUGACCUAGUCCAUCUUGGCAAGGCCCUUGCUGAUAGUGGGGCAGAAGUCCAGGUGGAGCUGGAGGAAUGGCGCAGUUUCAUCCCUGAGUUGGAGUCAUUGGGGCAACAGUUUAAAAGCUUUGAAUGCUUUAUGAGCUCUUCAGUUGUAAGCAUGGAGAGCCUGAAGGUGGUACUGUUAGAUCUGAAAGGGCUGACCCCUAACCUCGAUGCUCUAAAUCAGAAAUGUCUCAGACUCACCCUAAGUACCACAGAUGAAGAGAGACUGCAGACCCUGAACACGCAAUGGGUGAAGGUUUUCUCUGAGGCCACAGACAGGCACAGGACGAUGCAUAUAGAGAUACUGCAUGCUCAGAACUUCCAACAGAAGUGCCAGUGUUGGAAGGAGCUCUUGGACAAAAUCGAGGCUAGCUUUUCGAAUCAGGUGCUUGGAAACUGUUCUGCCAUAAGAGAGCAGCUAACUCUGCAUCAGAGACUGAAAGUGGAGGUGCUGAUCGGCCAGCAGCUACAGGAUGCCAUGAUUAAUGAGGAUUUAUGCAUCCUGGAGAGUGGUCAAGCUGAGGACAGGAGUAAUCUGGUCCUAAGACUCAGACAUUUGAAAGAGCGUUGGCAGGAGAUGCAGCAGAGAUUCGAGCAACAUGGGAAAUGUCUGGAGGAGCUAAUGGGACAGCGGCAGCUCUAUGAUGCAGGCAUGAAGAAACUUUCAAAGUUACUCAGACCCACUGAAGAACUGAAGCUCCCAUUCAGACUGGCUCCCUGCAGUUUACAGCAGCUUCAAUGCUACAUAAAGGACAUUGAGUGGACUGAGGAACAAAUACAUCUUCAUGAAGAACUUUACAACCAGACUGUGGAGGCAGGCAGACGGAUCCAUGCCGUAGCAGAUGUUCAGACACAAACACUCCUGCAAACUGAACUUGAUGCACUCAAGGAGAUGUGGGAGCAGAGUUGUGGCCAUGAGACAAAACGAAAGACACUUGCAAACACCAUAAUUCAAAACUGGAGGUGCUGUGAAACUGGACUGGUUAAUAGUGCUCUCAAACUGGAAGAGAUCAAAACAAGAUUGAGGAGUCCACUGCCAGAGAAACUGGAAGAACUAAAGACACACAAGCAGCUCUCCAAGGAGGACGAGGACUCGCUGGAGAUUUGGGCUGAAGGACUGAAAGAGCUGACAACCAUGAAGGCAGACAUAUCUCAGUACGUGCUGCCUGCAGACACCGCGCUGCUUCAGGGACAGGUGGAAGAACUUCACAGCCAAUGGGAAGAACUGUGCCUGAAGGUGUCACUUCGCAAACAGGAGAUAGCUGAUCGCCUGAACGCCUGGAUCAUUUUCAAUAAUAAGAACAUGGAGCUUUGUGAUUGGCUGACACAGAUGGAGAAAAAAGUGGCACACAGAGGCGAAAGCCUUAGUAUUGAGGAAAUGGUGGAGAAACUUAAAAAGGACUGCAUGGAGGAGCUUAACCUCUUCAGUGAGAACAAGAGCCACCUCAACCAGCUGGGAGAGCAGCUCCUAUUAGCCAGCGACAAAACGAAAGAGGCAGAGAUCAACGGGGCCUUACGUGAUGUCAACGAUCGCUGGCAGCACCUGUUUGACCACAUUGAAGCCAGGGUAAAAAAGCUGACAGAGACCCUUGUGACAGUGCAGCAGUUGGAUAAGAACAUGAAUAAUCUUUGUUCUUGGCUCAGCCGUAUUGAGGCAGAGCUAGCUAAACCCAUUCACUACAGUGUCUGCCAUAGAGAUGAGAUCUGGAAGAGACUGGCUGAACAGCAGGACCUGCAUCAUGACAUCGAGCAGCACACUGAAAGGGUGGCGUCUGUGCUCACCCUGUGUAAUGUCCUUCUCCGUGAUGAAGAUGCCUGCAGCAGCGAUGGAGAGAACCACUCCAUCCAGCAGACCACACACAGCUUGGACCAGCGCUGGAGAAAUAUCUGCUCUGUGUCCCUGCAGAGGAGGCUCCGGAUUGAGGAGACGUGGAGGCUGUGGUGUAAGUUUCAGGAGGAUUACUCUUCUUUUGAAGACUGGCUGAAUGUAGCUGAGCGCACUACUGCUGAACCAAAUUCAUCAGGCAUCCUGUACACUGAGGCCAAAGAGGAGCUCAAGAAAUAUGAGGUGUUCCAAAGGCAGGUACACGAGAGUCUGACCCAGCUUGAGAUCAUUAAUAACCAGUACAGGCGACUGGCCCGAGAGAAUCGCACAGAUGGCGCCAGUAGACUCAGGGUCAUGGUGCACCAAGGUAACCAGCGUUGGGAUGCGCUCCAGAGGAGAGUGGCUGCCAUACUGCGCAGACUCAGGCAUUUCACGUGUCAGAGAGAAGAGUUUGAGGGAACCCGUGAGAGUCUUCUGGUCUGGCUAACUGAGAUUGAUCUUCAGCUGACCAACGUAGAGCACUUUUCUGAGACCGACCUCCAAGACAAAAUGAAACAGCUGAAGAGUUUUAAGAAGGAGAUCACUCUGAACACAAACAAGAUUGAUGCUUUGAUAGUGUUUGGGGAGGGUUUGAUACAGAGGAGCUCUCCUCUAGAUGCUGUUGUGAUUGAAGAUGAGCUGGAGGAAUUGCACUCAUACUGUCAGGAAGUGUUCGGGAGAGUGGCCCGAUUCCACCAGCGCCUCAUCUGCCUCCGCCCGGUGUUGCUGGAGCAGCCAGAGCUCUUUGAAGAUGAGAGGUACAGAGAGACGCUGGGCACUUCCACUUCCGCUUCCACCCAGCCCUCAAUGUGCCUGCUGUCCCCACUUCAGGAGCACUCAGGCCGUGAAACUCCUGUCAGCGUGGACUCCAUUCCUCUAGAGUGGGACCACACUGGGGAUGUGGGUGGCUCUUCUUCACGUGAUGAGGAUGAAGAUGCUGCCUUCUUCCCUGCCUUAUCAGGACAGAACUGGCACUUUCAAAACAUGUCUGAAAGGAAAUCUCUUCACCUGGAAACAUCCUCACCUGCACAUACCAGCACUCCCUAUAAGCAGGGUUAUGUCCAGCUGAUGUCAGAGUGCAGUGGCAGUAUUAAGAGUGUGAAGAGGGUUUCUAUGAUCCUGGAUGAUGAGGAACAGCACGAGGAGCAAGGCAUCACUGGCCUUACGACUGCAGACAAACAAACAGGAGUGAUAGAGCGCUGGGAGCUGCUACAAGCACAAGCUGUGAGUAAGGAACAGUGCAGCACUAGAGACCCUCUGCCACUGACAUCUGACCUGAACAACAUCACUUCUUGGCUGGACUGUGUCACCCCUGAGCUGGAUCGGCUGCAGAAGCCUGAGACAUCUGCCAGUGUCGAGAUCUUAGAAGCUAGAGUCAAACAGCUUAAAGAAAUGCAGAAGGCAUUUGCUCGCUAUAAGACCUUGAUGCUUUCUCUGAACUUGGGUGGGCGAGAGUUGCAGGAGGAGGCUGGACUUGGAGCUCAGGAGCUUCAGGAGGAUCUGCGCAACAUGAAUCGGCGAUGGACAGAAGCUUGUGCAGGCCUAGAGGGAUGGGAGGGGAGUUUACGCAAUACCGUAGAACGUUGUCAGGAGUUCCAUGAGAUGGUGCACUCUCUACUGCUAUGGCUGGCCCAUGCAGAGAGCAGACGCUACAUGGUGAACAUGCACGGCCCUUCUGUGCAGAUAUCCAUGCUGCAGGAACACAGGAACACAUUGAAGGUUCUUGCUGAGGAGUUGCUGGAAAGACAAAAGCAGGUGGGCUCCCUGCAGGAGAUCGCCUCUAAACUGCUCCCAGAGGCUGCAGGAGAGGACAGUGCUGAAGCAUGGGAAAAACUCCAUGUCAUCGGAAGCAAACUUCAUCUUCUGUCACGCCAGGUCAACCAGGAUCUUCACACUAUUCAGGAGCAUUUGGAGGCUACAACAGAUGUAACAGGAGACAGGAAAUCCUCAUGCUCCAGAUCGGAGAAGCGUGACCCAUCACAUCAGCACUCUUUCUUCCAUCGGGUACUGCGGGCUGCUUUCCCUCUCCAUCUCCUCUUCCUCCUGCUGCUGGUGCUGACCUGCCUGGUCCCUCUUUCCGAAGACGACUACAGAUGCACCCUUUCCAACAAUUUUGCCCGCUCUUUCCACCCAAUGUUGCACUACACCAACGGUCCUCCCCCCACAUGAACCCCGGACACAAUGAUCAAUCAGAAGAC